AUGGACGUGAGGCCUCUGGUUCAAAAAGCUCAAUGGAUGAACUUAAAUGAAGGGCAAGAUGUUCGCAGCUCCACGCAGUUGUGUGAUUUGCACGAUAAGAUUCUUUGGCACGUCCUAAGUUUCCUCCGGCUGAAAGAUGUGGUGAGAAUGAGCACGCUGUCGAAAAGGUGGGAGUACUUGUCCAAGAACAAUCCUAGGCUCGAUACCUCAGAACGCAAUUUCCCGGGGCAGACGCACUUUGUGAACUUUGUUGACAGAGCAUUGCUGCUCCAGGACUUUCCCCUGAAAAGGUUUUCCAUCUCCAGCCAAACAGAUUUCGAUAGAUCUCGCAUCGAUGCUUGGAUUACAGCCGCAGUGAGGCGCAGAGUCGAGGAGCUCCACGUGCGCAGACACGGAGGAUUGCUCGAAUACGUGUUGCCCAGUUGUGUCUUCAACUGCGAAACGCUGAUCGAGCUCCAUCUAUUCAUGUCGCAUGAGCUGAGGCUCCCUGCUUUAGUUUGUCUGAAAAACCUCAAGGUCUUAACUCUUGCGUGGGUCGACUUUGGGGGCGACAGUUCAGUAGAGAAGCUUCUCUCGUGCCCUUCUCUUGAGGAGUUGUCUCUUAUCGCCUGCAAGUGGAGGAGACUCAAGGUUCUUCAUAUCUCUGCUCCCAAGCUUUUGAGGCUGGACAUAGUCGAAGAUAGCUUCUAUAAGAACUUGGAAAGCACCUUCUAUGUAGGUGUCCACGGAGCUCGUAUCGAGUCCUUUACUUAUAGCGGGCAAUUCAUCGAUCGCUAUACGAUAUCGAGUUCGUCCUCCCUGGUUGUGGCUCGCAUUGAUAUGUUCAUCUGCGAAAGGCCUCAUCAUCAUGUUGCUUACCAUGGAUAUAAGCUCUUAAAGGAUCUUUCUUGUGUGAAACGUCUUACUCUACAUAACGUGGGUGAGUUUCUACACGAGAGACCAGAUCUUCUCAAGUCUCUCCCGGUCUUCUCUAACCUCACUGAGCUGGCAUUGGACGCGUUUAAUGGUUUGCCCUUAGAAUCUAGAUUCCUUGUUGCGAUGCUCGAUAAGUGUCCUCGCUUGAGUCAUCUGAGCUUUACGCGGGGCAUUCAUUCGGAGUCCGAAACGGUGGAUGCAAUAUUCAACCCCACGCCUCGGUGCUUCGUAUCGUCACUUAAGGUGAUCAAAAUCAGUAGAUUUCAAGUCGGGGAUAAAGCACUCUUAGCUAUAAGAAAUGUACUGAGGACUGCCGGAGUACUGGAGAAAUUAUUCGUACAUCCUCCAUGGGGAAAGCAACUCCCGGAGAGCUUGCUGCCACUUUUGAAGGGGCUUCCUAGGGCUUCAGAUCAAUGUGAAUUUUUUCUAGGCUCGUGA